GAAACAAGAACAGGAUUGAAACGGAACACAGAGGUGUUUAUAACAGUGUUCGCCUCCCUUUUUUUCGAGCACACCGUGGAUUUAUUCAUUCAUAAAACACAGACCGGAAAUGGAAUCAAUAAACUGAAAAUCCUUUUUAAAUCAGACACUACAGUUUCAAAUUGAAACGCGACCGGACGCGUGACCUUUUAACCGGAAACAGUGCUCACGGCGCGAAAAGGAGCCGAGGAAUAAUACACCAGCCGUCUUUUUCUGCUUCAAAUACACGUAUAAAGAGACGUAUAGCGGUGGCGUGUGAUCGGUUACCAUACGGGAUUAUUGUUUGACGGAUCAAAUUAAAGCGACAGUCGUUACAUUGACAGAGAGGGAGAUUUGACAGCCUUGAAAUGAGAUCAGGAAAAGCACGUAACAAAAACAACAACAACAACAACUUUGAAGACAGCAGCGAUGAACCUUUGCCCAUUGCUUCUCUUCGGCUUUUGGCCCCUCCACUGAGACUGGUUUCUGCGGCCAUGUGGAAAGUGAUGCAGCAGAGGGAUGUGAUGUUGUAUGGAAAGCUGGAGGAGUUUGUGACGUCUGUGUCGGGGACCGUGCCUGGGUUGUUGAUUUAUAGACACCAGGCCAAGCUGACUGUGGGUCUGCGAGCACGGCUGAUCUUGGAGCAGCUCCGUGUGGUCCAGUCUUCAGACACAGAGCUCAUUCUCCAACAGCUAGAGAGACUGCAUGCUCCUGCCAUCCCCAACAAUAAAAGAAAGAGAACUGAUCAGAAAGUGGAGACGGCUGUGAAGAACUUCCACACGCUGGUGCGGACUCUGCUGGGGAAUCCGGCGGAGAGAGAGCAGUUCUUUAAGGAAGAGUUUGACUCUCAGUAUGGGCCUCAGUAUGACUCCGCUCUGGAGAAGCUGCUCUGGGAGUUUCUGACCAGACUGGACCAGCUGCUUCCAGUCCCAGAUCUCGCUCAGACUGUAUCGUGGCUCACUGAAGCUCCAGCUGUUCUUGAGGAGUGUGUGCGCUCAGCAUCACAGCCGCAACUCCUAAAGACUCUACUGCAGCAUGAAAAAUGUCUUGGACACCUGGACUCUGCUGCAUCUGUUCCCUCUUCCACUGGGGACUCCAUCCUCUCAUCACUUUCCCUCCCUCUCUCGGGCAAAGUGCGAGACAGCGACCUGUCAGGAUCCACUCCCACGCCGAACAUAAUUCCGAGUCCCACCUCAUCGACACAAAAAUCCGAUAAGAAGCAAGCAAGAGGAUCCGGGUCCCACAUCAACCCAGUUAUUGGCUCAACGUCAACGACAGGUAUCCCACGUGAAGCUUCAACCAAUCAGAAUGUAGCAUCCAUUUCUGACAAGGACAGUGAGGAAGCUGUUUCAGAGGUUUCUAGUUACACAUUGGUCAAAUCAAAGUCGUGUGAAAAAAGGGAGCUCUUGGAGAACGUUCCAGAUGAGGAACACUGCGUAGGAAAGGUGCUGAUCACAGUAAUCAGUCAAACACCUACACCUACGAGCAGUGAAGUUGAAGAGGAGGACGAAUCUCAAAUCAGACCAGUGAGAAAAAGUAGUCGGAAAAGUGACGUAAAACAUAAACAAAGUACAAGGACUGGUGACAAAAUGCCGGAUAUAGGAAGAAAGAGAAAAAGAACAAAGAGCAGUAAGACACCUUGCAGAAAUUCCCAAGACACAAAGCAACGGGAGAUGGAAGGUCUGCAUGCUGACCUUGAUUCCCCUAUGACCCGUCAGCUUAGAGUCAUCAUCCCAAGACUGGACCUGAAACAAUAUAGAACAGAGACCAAUGAGGACCAUCCUACAACGUCUUCAAGACAACCCGUCGCUGAUGGCGCGUCUCCAGUGAGAAACGUCGAUGCCGCAAAUCGAAAGAGAAAGCUCAGUUUCACAGCGACCCCUGAGAAGAACCUGAGCUGCAAUCAUGAUAAGCAAGUAAGUGCUGGCUCUCCCUGCAUCCCCACACUCACGCCUGUAAGGAUGGAAAGUGCAGUAUUUCCUGUAGCUGAAUCAACUGAUGACAUUAUUGUAGAUUCAGAAGAUGAAGCCACUGAGAAAGUAAAAGGCAGGCUAUUUACAAAGCGAUACUGCAAGACAAAGAGUGACACGUACAUUCCCACUUUACACGAGUUCUGGACUCCUGCCUUCCGCCGUGAUCUGCUCUCGCCAGGAAACGGGUGCAGAUGAGGUUUGGUUUAAUGACCAUUUGACUGAAUUAUAAGCACCUGUAUUUAUUGCCCCAAUGCAGCUUUUUAUUUGUAAUUUUUUAUGUUUUUCAUACAAUGUCACCUUGUACAGAAUUGUUUUUUAUAUUUAUACAGUAGGUCAGAAUUAAAAUGGACGCAGCCUGUUAAUAAAGUACUUUUUAAAACAUUUUAAAAAUAAAUAGCAAUAUUUAUGCAUGGUUUACUAUA